AACUUGAACUAUAAUGUCAACUACAACUCCAAACCUUUAACAAUGCACGGUGCAGACGAGGAUAUGCAGACAUCGCCUCCUUCAGCAAAACGACAACGCACGAGCCACUGCAGAAAAUCUGAAUCAUUAAUUGAACAGUCGCAGUUUUGGUUUGCGGACGGGGACAUUGUGAUUGGUGUUGAAGGACAAUCAUGGAAGAUUCACCGGAGCAAGCUCAUGUGUUCUGUAAUUUUUGCGGACAUGCUCGAACUUCCACAGCCGGCCAACAUCGAGAGAAUGGAUGGGUGUCCUCUGGUUAGUUUAUCGCAAGAUUCCGCGAAUGACUGGCUAGUCGUCUUGACGUGGAUGUACCAACGCGAGAAGUUCAAUAGCCAAACGGUUGUCUUUGAUACCAUAGCCGGCGCCCUACGACUAUCCAACAAAUAUGAUAUCCCAGACCUCCGUCAAUGGAGCAUGCGUCAGCUAUUUCUGCGCUGGCCCCAAGACCUCACCAAAAUGACCUAUGCCGCAUUCCCUCAUGCUGCUGAGGCCAUAUGCCUUGCACGAGAAUGUAAUGUUCCUGAGAUCCUCCCCGCCUCAUUCUACGCGCUUUCGAUUCUCCGUUGGAGCCAUCUAUCCGAGGGCGGUCAAAGCCACCUCCAAUUGUCCUCAUCCGACCUCCGGUGCUUCAUAGUCGGACGCGAACACCUUCAAGAUCAUCUAUACGCAAUCUUGACUGGUAAAGACGAGCGGCCAGGUGGACACACCACAGCUAUUUGCGCUGGUUGCGAGAACGCAUCUCGGACGUGGCUCAGCUCAUCGUUGAAGCCGGAUGCUUCCUCUCCGUAUGCAGUGUGGCUUCUUCGUAGCUUGCAAAUUUUUGCUGCGAACGGCUGUCCAGGCUUGAGUUUACAUCACAGCCGCUGUGAUGUGAACUUUCGUCUACGAAUCAGCGGGUUCGUUCAAGACCUUCACGAAGCGAUUCCUAGAUAUUUCAUGCUACGAGCAUGAAUUCACUACUAUAAAGCAGGCAUGCUCGGAGUUUGUUGCA